AUGUCUAUUCCUCCUUCUGCGCUCCAUCUCCCUCACUUGAAACCGCUGAGCUCUCGUUGGCAGUUCCAGUCCGGCCAGCCUGAGGGUGGUGCGCACCGCCGCUGGGCGGGUAGAGAGGCAGCAAACCACUUCUACGGCCUGGCGCCUAUGGAUGAAUUCUUUGAUCUGGCUUUCCCCGGCUUGACAGCUACCAAGGUUGAUGCAACGGGUUUUGAGUACUACAAAAGCACCUUAAAGGGGGUACCCGUUGGUCCGGGCGUGCUUGAGAAAGAAAUGUACAAGCCACUGCAACUAGCACUGAGCGCCAUAUGUCGCGGUGUCCGCGGAGAGGGUUCGCUCGAGCCGAGCAUCGGCGCGGACAACAUGAUCAACUUCCUGGACGAGGGCCUCAAGUUAUCUCCCGAUAUCAUCUUUCAUACGACUUACACGCGUUCCUUGCCGUCCUGGGCUUAUGGAAUUAGCUUCAUUGAGGUCAAACGGGACGAAAAUGACGACCCCUUGCAUCUGACCGACAGGAAGGCCAGUCUCCGCAACGUCGAUGUUUGGAAUCAAAUCACCGAGUACGCUGGCAUCGCUCAAAAGAUGACAUCGCGCUGCUUUUAUGUGGCAGCAGGGGUAUUUGGAGAGAAGGCGCGGUUCUUUCUCUGGGACCGCUCUGGAGUAUUGGCCUCCGAGAGCUUUAAAUAUAAGUCAAACCCUGCGCCAUUGGUGAAGUUUUUGGACGGGCUGGCAAACUACCGAACUGGUGGUCUAGACGCCACCGCACUCCAUCAGCUUGAUACGACUGAAGCUUCGAAUGUAUGCAUGGCUUGGAGAAAGAUCCAGGAGCUUGGCCUCCUGAAAGGCAGGGACUAUCCGGCUGCUACUCUUUCCACAGACCUGCCGAGUGAAAGUAGCAUUGUCUUGGUCCCGGGCUCGGAUUCCUCCAAACAGGAAAGAUAUCUCACCAUCGGCCGUCCCGUCUUCGCUUCGGAAUCCAAUUUUGGUCGCGGCACACGCGUUUGGUUGGCGAUAAGGGCAGAAGGACCAACAGAUGAAUUUGUGAUCAUCAAAGAUGGCUGGCGUGACGCAGGACGAUGGUCGGAGACGAGGAUAUAUGACUAUAUCCGCAAGAAAUUAGGCGAAAUACCAGGCAUAGCAAGGCACAAGAAUGGUUUCGACGUGGACGAACAAGGGUAUCCCCAUCGAACGUUGGCGCAUCGUCUCGUCGAUGCCCUGAACAUUGGGCCCUCACAACACCGAAUUCACCACAGGUGUAUCUUGAACUCCGUCGGCAAACCUCUUUCAAGUUUCAGCUCGACAUAUCAAUUACUUGAGGCUAUACGUGAUGUUGUUAAAGGCCUGCAUGACUUGGCAAAACUAGGUAUCCUUCAUCGAGAUAUAAGCGCAAACAAUAUCAUGAUCAGCAUUGAUCCGGUGAAGGAGAAUGGCGCGAAGGGUUUUGUGAUUGAUCCGGAAUUGGCAUUUAUUCCGGAGAUGUCGAAGAAAGAACUGAAGUACCUUACGGGGACUAUCCAAUUCCUGUCAAUUGAGCGACUACAAGAGAACCAGAGUGACCACAAAUCAUGGCAUGAUCUGGAGUCCGUCUUUUGGACAGUUCUUUGGACCGUUCUUCGGCACACCAACUCUUGGGUAACCAUCACGGAGUACGGUACCCCGCGGCCAGGAAAGGACUGCGUCACCGAAAUAUUCGAUACUCCGAAGGGAGGCGGCAAGAUGAUAUUCCUCACUCUCGGAAAGGUCGAAGUUCAGGCUGCGAUUUCGGUAUACACCAAAUACAUUCGGGAUCCGGAGAUCAAGGCUUUACUGCGCCAGGAAGCGGAGAAGGAGUUAAAGGACAGGCUUUCACAUGAAUCGUUUUUAAAGGCCAUCGAGGACGCUCUAGAAGAUAGAAGCCAGUGGCCGAGCAACGACGGUGCCAAAAACUUCAAACCCGCCGGUAGACCCAGAACAGAGGACAAUACAGAGACCGGCAUUACCCUGUCGCAAAGGGCCUCAUGGUAUACCUCGAGCCGUGAUCGGACCCGUCCCGUAUCUAUCGAUCCUCCCAGAUCUAUGGGAAUGUCAGGAAUAGGUUCCGGAUCAGGACCAGGAUCAGGCAUGGUCUUGCGCUAUGACACUCAUACAUCGGAAAAUAAGCAGUCAAGCUCCCGCUAUACAGGCAGCGCUUCCCGCCUAACCGCACUUCAAGCCGUGGAAGAGAAUGCUCCUGGAGAGCCGCGUAUUCGAGCUGGACCCGUAACUCAGAUGUUAGGCGUCGUUCAUCCUGGUCCAGGCCCUGGGGAAUCGAGCCAAGAGACUGUCUCCCAGUCAAAGUCGAAGUUACCUGCCAAAGCAAGCGCUGUCGCGCCUGCCACUGCGUCUGGAUCUGUCAGCUCUGUCCCAACGUCAAAGCAGACGUUAAAGAAAGGUCAACUCAGUACGUCACCUCAGCAUCGUAAACCGUCCAAGCAGUCCAAGCAUCUCGCUUCCAAGACUCCUGAUUCGCCUCUGCGUAAGGCGGGUGCUGACACCAAACUUGGUCAUACGCGACCUCCUGAAGGGGAAACUCGUGUUCGCCACAGCUCAGAGGUGGGGACGACUAAGAAAGGUGCUUCCUCUUCGAAAGCGUUGCAUGUGCCAGAGAACACAGCGAAAGCAAAGGCGGGGGGCGUGUGGACACGACGCGAGAAAAGGGAGGAAGAGCUUGAUACCGGUACAUCGAGCAGACAACUCCGUUCGAAAGAAGCCCUCCGUAAUGGUGAGUCAAUGUGCGACACCGGGAGAUCUUCUGGUUCUACCAAGCCCAGUUGGAAGUAG